AUGCUGCACAAGAUCCUUGCGGGACAUGUGGAGACGCCCCCGGGCCUUGACUAUGUGGGCGGAUUCUGCGGAGGUUUGCGGGACGACUACCGUCGACGUUUCGCGUAUUUUCGGUCAGACUGGCUCACGGACGUCAUGAAAGGGAAGACGGUCUCAGGUGCGCUGUUCCUUUUCUUCGCCACCUUCACCUCUACCCUCGCCUUGGGCAAGCACAUCAACGAUGUGACCCAUGGAGUCAUCGGCAUCAAUGAGUACAUGAUUAUGAACAGCAUCUCGGGCAUGCUGCACUCUGUUUUGGGUUGUCAGCCGCUACUCGUUCUGCGCCCGACCGGGCCGAUCACAUUGCUCAUUGAGAAGCUCCAUGAGGUCAGCGAGUGGCUUGUACUUCCUUUCUGGCCGCUCUUUGCUUGGACGGGGAUUUUCGUGGGUAUCUACAUGUUUAUCAUCGCUGCGACGGAGCUCAGCCGAUUCAUCAAGUAUGUGACAGCAUUUACAGAGAACAUCUUUGCAACUUUCAUUGGCACGGUCUACAUCAACGACGGCAUUCAGGGCAUGAUCCGUGUGUGGAACAGUGGCGCCACAGACAUCGCAGCAAGAAAACUGCUCGUUUUUAACAUGACCCUGGGCUGCACGGCCUUGGCCUACUACCUCAGCAACAUCCCCAGCACAGCCUGGGGCACCUACACCAUCCGAAAGGUGCUCUCAGAUUAUGCGCUGACCAUCUCAGUCUUCGUGCUGGCCAUCGUUGCUGCUGUCCUUGACGCGAACUUUUUUGGAGUGGACUUCAUUGACACAAGCAGCACAGGUCUGACUACGACUGAUGGACGUGAGUGGAUGACGGACAUGGGAAGCAUAUCCGCAACUGGCGUCUUAGUGGCGGCGGUAGCUGCCAUCCCCAUCGUCAUGUUUUUCUAUUUGGACCAGAACAUUUCCAGCCUGAUGUGCCAGAAGCCUGAGCAGAUGCUCGGGAAAGGAGCUUACUUCCAUUCUUCCUUCGCGUGCAUGGCCAUCUUUAACCUUCUAGGACCGAUUUGGGGUUUGCCCUUCGUGACCGGCUCUUUGCCGCAUUCACCCCAGUUUGUGGGCGCUAUGACCGAGACCGAUGAGGACUACAAGCCCACUGGGGUCGUGGAGAACCGAGUGGCACCUUUCGUUGGCUACCUGUUAAUGGGCGUGGUCCUCUUCCUGCCCGACCUGCUGAACAAGCUUCCAGAGACCGCGGUGAGCGGUGCUCUCAUCUUCGUGGGGCUGAAGGCCGCUUUGGGCACCCAGCUCUGGGAGCGCUUUCUGCUCCUCUUCACCGAUCCAUCCAAGCCACGAUCGGGCAAAGGCUACAGCCACUUGCCCCUCAAGACCGUCCAUUGCUUUACGUUGCUUCAGAUCCUCAUGGUCGUUGGCUGCUGGCUUUGCAACAUCUACAUCGGCCUUGGAUUUCCUGUUUUCGUCGCCAGCCUGAUUCCGUUUCGCUUCAAAGUUCUUCCUUGCCUCUUCAAGAGCGAAGACAUCGAGGCUCUUCUCACGGAGGAGCCUGAGCCGCCCAAGGGGAGCAAGUCCGACAGUGAUGAUAGCAUUGAGAACGUGGUGAGUGAGGAUGUGGAAACAGCGAAGGUUCCGGCGGAGUAUGCCAACCUGCCGAGACUCGAUGGGCGGGCCGUGCUGGAGUGGACUCUCACCCGUGGCCCAGAUUCGGGCGCUACAAAGUAUGUCAUCGACGAAGAGCUCAUCGAGGAGGCCAAGUUUACUAUGGUCAUUGACGGCUGGUCCGCACCACUGUCUGCCGGCAACUUCCUUGACCUGGUGAAUCGGAAGUUCUACAACGGGCUGCCUAUCCAGCGUGCCGACGGCUUCAUCAUUCAGACUGGCGACCCUGGUGCGGAUAAGGGAAAUGGCUUCUCGCCCGGACCGGGGCAGCCCGUCAGGACCAUCCCUCUGGAAGUUGGCAUCCGAGGUCGAAAAGAGGCGCUGUAUGGCGAGACGAUCGACGAGGCGAGACUCGUCGGCACCGAGGUGAAGAUCCCGUUCCAGGCUGACGGAACUAUUGCCCUUGCUCGCCGGGAGUUCGACAACGACUCUGAACCAGCCUUGGCGUUCAUGUUCCUGUUCGAGUCCGUGGCGCUCUUGGCAGAUUUGGGUUAA